AUGCAGCUGUCUCGUCUCCUCCUCACCGUCACAGGCGUUGUCAGCGCUAUCGCGCACCGUGAUCACCCGCUUAUGCGUCGGGCCGACGACAACGCCCCCGAUACCGCCGCCAACAAGACCACGGUAGAGCCCAAACGGUUCAUCGUCGAGUUUGACAAGGGUACCAAUGCCGCGGCUGUGGCCGCCGACAUCGUCAACCAGCGUGGCGCCAAGAUCCUCCGCGUCUUCAGGAGUGACAUCUUCACGGGCGCCGUGGUGGAGACGGGCGUCGAGAACAUCGACUCACUACAGGCCCUCGCGCCGGUGAAGGAAGCAUGGCAGUCACGCAAACUAAAGCUCGCGCCCAGCGCUCCGUUGGCGUCAUUUAGCAAAAAUGCGACUGCGAUUGACUAUGAUAUCCACCACAUGACUGGUGUAGAUAAGCUGCAUGAGGCCGGCGUGCUGGGCAAGGGUGCAAAGGUUGCCGUUGUUGACUCUGGGAUCUGGUAUACUCACGAAGCACUUGGUGGCGGCUUUGGAGAGGGAUUCAAGGUUGCUGGUGGUUACGACUUUGUCGGUGACGGAUCAUGGCCAAAUGAAGGCGAAGUGAAGAGCCCCGACGCCGAUCCUCUGGACCAGCAAGGUCACGGAACGCAUGUUGCCGGUAUCAUCGCUGGCAACAGCAGCGUUUUCACUGGCGUUGCUCCGGAAGCGACUCUUUACGCAUACAAGGUAUUCAGCUCCGUCGACGGCACCGAUGAGGAUACUCUGAUCGAGGCCUUCCUCGCAGCCUAUGACGCAGGUGUCGACAUCAUCACCUCCUCCAUUGGCGGGGUAAACGGCUUCGCAGACAACGCCUGGGCCGUCGUCGCCUCCCGACUUGUCGACCAGGGCGUUGUCGUCACAAUCUCUUCCGGGAAUGAUGGCCAAGGCGGCGCCUUUGCCGCCAGCAGCGGCUCAUCAGGAGAGCACGUCGUCGCCGUGGCAUCCAUUGAGGCCGAUGUUCUCGCGUCCUCGUCUUUCAGGGGCGUGUUCAACCUCGACGGCCAGUCAAAUGAGACACGCGUGGCGUACAGGGCCAUGGAAGACUGGUUCCCCUCGGAGGUCAAAGACUGGCCCAUCUUCCCUCUCGGCCUCAAUACCAGCGCCGCUGACGAGGCAUGUAACCCGUUGCCGGCAGGCACGCCCGAUUUCACUGGCGUCGUCGCUCUCGUACGCCGUGGCGGGUGCAACUUUGACCAGAAGCAGCGCAACCUCGCCGCUUUCAACGCCUCCCACAUUCUCUUUUAUAGUAAUGAGAUGCCGCUUGUGAGACCAACCACCCAGGAUACGAGCAGCCUCAUCGCCAUGGUUGACGCGCGCGUCGGCAUAGCCAUCAUCGACACCAUCAAGGCCGGUGGCAAUGUCACCGCAGACUUUACCGAGCGGCCCAUCUACCACAUCGUCGGCAUCAAGAACGAGGAGAACGGCGGGGUUGCCAGCCAGUUUACGUCCAUCGGAGCGACGAAUGACCUGUUCAUCAAGCCCGACAUUGCAGCGCCUGGCGGACAGAUUCUCAGCUCGUACGUUGGUGGUGGCUACGCCAUCCUCAGCGGGACUUCGAUGUCGUGCCCGUACGUGGCCGGUAUUGCGGCCUUGUACGUCAGCAAGUUUGGUGGUCGCAGCGUCCAUGGGCCAGAGUGGGCAAAGCGUCUUGUUAUGCGCCUGAUUGCGUCCGGAGACGCCAUCACGUGGGACGAUGGUCAGCUGGAGAACAAUCAGUAUGACUUCCUCGCGCCCGUUGCGCAAGUCGGUGCUGGUCUCAUCAACGCCAGCAAGGUCCUUGAGUACGAGACGAGUCUGUCGUUUGCCAAAUUUGCUCUCAACGAUACCCACCACUUCAGCCGAUACCACACGGUCGACAUCACCAAUACCGGUUCCCAGCCCGUGACGUACGCCUUUGCGCAACAGGAGUCGGGCGGCAUGAACACCGUCAACUUGGACCCCAAUGAAUGGGGAACGCCCAAGAUCGCAUGGUUUGAGGAGACCAUGGUCGCGCCGCAGAAGAUGACCCCUCGAAUCUCUUUCCCUGGCGGGUCAUUCACCGUCCAGCCGGGCGAGACAAGAACAGCUCAAUUCAACUUCAAAUACCCCGAGAACCAAGACCUCGACCCGGCCAAACUGCCGUUAUACAGUGGCAAGGUCUUGAUCAAGGGCAGCAACGGCGAGACGCUCGGCGUGCCGUAUCUUGGUCUUGCCGCCGACCUGCACAAGGACGUCGGUAUCAUGUUCCAGUACCCGAUCGGCUUCCCGCGGAUCACGUCUACUCGCCGGAAUAUCCCCAUCGCAGACAAGUCCAACUUCACCUUCAAUCUAGAUCCCGCGGUCCAAGACUUCCCCAACCUGUACGCACGAAUUCAGUACGCAACGCGCGAGCUGCGGUGGGAUAUUUUCGAGGCAUCUUGGGUCGAGAGAGACUGGAAGUAUCCCCCGGUCGUCGGUCAGGCGGGCUUCGUGGGCGCAGCAACGAGUUGGGCCAAGGCUUCGGGCAAGGUCUUUAUCGAUCCCAGCGUCGACGACCGCAACGACAUCGUCACCCUGCCCAUGCGUGACGUGCCCAGAGACAUCGUGGGAGUGUAUGGCGUUGAGCUGUGGUGGCUGGGCCGUCUGGCGAAUGGUACCCAAAUUGCCCCCGGCAAGUACAAGAUGCGCUUUGCGGCGCUGGUUCCCUUUGGCAACCCCGAGGCGUCGGAUAACUGGGACAUCUUUGAGACUCCCGCCUUUGAGGUGCUGCCGCUUGAAGUCUAG